GUUGGAGAUUAAUGCAGAAACUGGCAGGUAUCCAAAAGCAAUAUAUGCAUUGGACAAACCGGCAAAACAAGUUAUUUGUGAAUGGAUGAAGGGACUCAGAUUUCCUGAUGGUUAUGUGUCUAACAUGGCACGAUGUGUCGACAUGAACAAGUACAGAUUAUUUGGAAUGAAAAGUCAUGAUUGUCAUAUUUUCAUGCAAAGGUUGUUGCCUAUUGCUUUUCGUGAAUUAUUACCAAUGAGAGUGUGGGAAGCAAUUACCGAGCUAAGCAUUUUCUUUAAGCAACUAACGAGUACUAUCUUACGGGAGGAAGAUAUGCAAAGGCUUGAAGAGGACAUUCCGGUUAUACUAUGCAAAUUGGAGCGAAUAUUUCCUCCGGGUUUCUUCGACUCGAUGGAACAUCUUUCAGUUCAUCUUGCAUAUGAAGCUCGCAUUGGGGGUCCAGUGCAAUAUCGUUGGAUGUAUCCAUAUGAGCGGUACAAUGGAAUUUUAAAGAAGAAUAUUAAAAAUAAAGCCAAAGUUGAAGGAUCAAUUGCUAAUGCAUACUUGGUAGAAGAAGCAUCUUCUUUUUGUGCUUACUAUUUUGAGUCACAUGUUUCUACAAGGCAUCGACGGGUUCCACGUAAUGAUGAUGGUGGUGUAGUGAAAGAUCAGGAGAUUGAAGGAAAUCUAUCAAUAUUCAAAUAUCCGGGUAGACCCAUAGGUCAAUCAAAGAAAAGGAUAUUGACAAAGGAUGAAAGAAAUGCAGCUCAUUUAUAUAUCUUACUAAAUUGUGAAGAAGUUUCGCCAUUUAUCAAAUAUGGCCAGGGGUAAAGGUAAAGAAGAUGCACGUAAUGCUGAUCGUGGUGUUUUAACAGGUACAGGUAGAGGCCGAGGCCGAGGUGAUCCAGAAAUUGUUCGUGGUCGAGACAUUAUAGCCAGUGCACCUUCUUCAGCUGGCUUUAGAGCCCCAACGCUUACUCCAACAACUCCUGUAUCAUACUCAGUCCCUGCAGCCCCUCCACUUGCUCCAGUUGCCCCCACUGCCCCAACUUCUUCAAGUUCUGUUCCUGGAUCGAGUGCUAGUCGAUCUGCAUCCUCAUCCUCAUCACAUGCUACUAGGACCUACUGUUAUGUGCAUGCAAGCGGAAAUCUUAUACCUUCUGAGAAGACAUCUGGUGCCUGCACAAAGAUUUUUCAGAAGUACAAUGUCGAGGAGGGUUCUUCCUGGAAGAAUAUCCCACAAUCCACAAAAGAUUUUUAUUUCAGAGAGUUUGAGAAAGAAUUUCACUGGGAUGAGGGAAGUGCUGCAAUAGUGAGGAAGGCAUGGAAUAAAAAAACAGCUACCCGAUACAAAGACUUUCUGACAAAUGAAAAGAAGAAGAAAAAAGAGGAGUGCUUAUAUAUCAAAUGAAGUUUGGGAUAAAUGGAAUUUAGAUUGGAGUACUCCAGAGUAUGUAGCAAAGUCAGUGAAGUACGCAAAGAACCGCCUAACAGAGAAGGGAGGUGCAGGAGCUGGUCCUUCUAAACAUACAGGUGGGUCCAUAACACAUGAGGAGCAUGCAAGACGCAUACAAAAUGCUAAGAUAGACAAAGUUCCUCCAACAGCAGCUGAGUUGUUUCUCCACACCCAUACAAAGAAGAGUGAUCGCAACAAAUUUGUUGAUAAACGAGCUGAACUUGUUUAUGAAAAUUAUUUGAAGCUAAAAGAACAACAUUCAAGCCAGAAUGUGGGAUCAGAUCAUGUGGAAGGAGAUGUAGGAACUAUUAAUGAGGAUCAAUUGUUCAUUACUGCAGCAGGAGGAUGGCAAGGAAGUCGAGUUUAUGGUUUAGGUAGUGCUGCAUCUUCUGCCUUCUCUCAAACAGGAACUGUGGGAAAAACAACAAAUGUUCCAUCAUCACAAUCACCAGAAUGGAAGAAGGAAAUUGAAGCAAAGUUUGAAGAGAAAUAUAAUAGUUUGCAGAAACUUGUAGAAGACCAAAAUCAGAUAAUAGCUCGAAUGCGUGAUGAACUACAGGCAACGAGGAUGGGACAGCAGUCUUCCUCAUUGAUGCCAUCAACAUCUGAUAUGCCUCCAGCUCAAAGAUCCCCUGGUGAUUCACAUAUAGAUUAGCAUGAUAUCAUUUCUCACUAACUUUAAUAAUAUAUUUUAUGAUAUGAAUUUGAUACUAUUUGGAUUAAUUAUGUAUUUUGAGAUAUUUUAAGUUUUAUAGUCUUGAACUAUAGUAAUGUUUUGGAUUUUUAGAUUGCACAAUUAUGAAAUGAAGUUGAUGUUUAUAUAUUA